AUGCUGCCCCCUACCGCGAAUGUAUCCCAAGAUUCGAGCACUGCGUGGCGAUCAGUCCCGUCUAGCUCAAAGGGUUCUUGGUCGCGCACGAGCCAGUCAGCUGUUUCGGAAGUCGAGAGUCUGAGGAGUAAAAUUCAGCGAUUGGAAGAGCAGCUCUCAAAAGUCACGCAGGGGACUAGCUCCUCGCCGCGUCCGGAUCCACGGCCUAGUAUCGAGACGUCGACGUCGGGCAUAGCGGGGACUUUUCACAUCAAUCGCGAGAGCCGCUUGGAUGAUGGACGGCACGCGAUUAGUCGCAAUGUAGUCAUGCAUAAGAGUCGGCUGUUUGGGCCGAGCCAUUGGGCUCAAGGCGCAUCGAUGUUCCGCGAGGUCUUUGAGAUGAUCGAGCCGCAUAUCCGCAAAGAAGACUCCAAGGCUGUCACCAGUCUUAAGAAGUGCAAGGAGCUGGCGCGAGUGAUCAAAGCACAGCGAACGCCGCAAUGGCCCACGCCGCCGACUUCAGAUUUACCCCCGAAAGGCGUCGCAGAUGAACUGGUCGAUUGCUAUCUACGGACGAUCGAGACGACGUUUCGCAUCCUGCAUAUACCGACUUUCAAAACCGAUUACGAUGCGCUGUGGGUUACGGAUGCAAAACCAAGUAUCGCGUUUACUGUUCAACUGAAGCUGGUUCUUGCGCUGGGUGCAAUCACGUAUGAUGACUAUUUCUCAAUGAGACCUUCCGCCGUUCGAUGGGUUUACGAGGCACACACCUGGCUUUCGGAUCCGGACUUCAAGACUCGGUUAAAUAUUCAGUCCCUGCAGAGCAGGGUUCUUUUGAUGAUCGCACGGGAAUGUAUCAACGUGGGAGGUGACUCGACCUGGAUCUCUGCCGGAGCGCUGCUCCGCACAGCGCUAUACAUGGGACUUCACAGAGACCCUUCCCACCUCCCGAACCGAACGACACUCGCUGCGGAGAUGCGCCGGAGAUUGUGGAAUACCAUUAUGGAGCUUUGCCUGCAGGCAAGCAUUGUCUCCGGCGGCGCCCCGCUGCUGUCCCUGGCCGACUUCGACUGUGAACCACCAGGAAAUUUUGAUGAUGAGCAACUCUUGGCCGAAGACCCUGUAGCUAAGGGCGAUGAAGAGUACACGCAAACGUUUAUCGCCAGAGCGCUCCGUCAGACCUGGUCGCAGCGCCUCUCGAUCGCUAAAUUUCUCAACGAUCUCAACUCCUAUGGAUCGUACCAAGACGCACUUGAAUUGGAUGCCGAGCUUAGAGCAUCAUACAGAACGAUAUGCCGAACACUUCGAGGCUAUAGCUUAAAAAAAGGACCCUCGCCUUCGUCGUUCGAGACGCGCGUGCUCGACUUCAUCAUAAAUUACUACCUCUGCUGCGCCCACUUGCCGUUUUUUGAGCCAUCACUACGCGAGGCAGCAUACGCCUUUUCAAGGAAGGUGAUUGUCGAAAGUUCUCUGAAGCUCUGGUGCGACACCUACCCAUCAUCACCAUUGGUGACAUCAUUGCCGCUUCGCGAUGAGCCCGUCUCAAACCAGGAUACCUUGACACGGCUUGUGACGUGCGGUUUUGGCUUCUUUCGCCUGGGCUCCAUGAUCUCGACCAUGUACGUAGCAUUGGAACUCAAGACGCAGCUUCAAGAUGAAGACAGUCUAGGCCCGAACCCCUACCGCCGUGAUCUGUUUUCGCUGAUCUCGGAAGCCAAAGCACGGAUGUGGACUACGAUCGAAUGUGGCGAGACUAACAUUAAGGGAUAUCUGCUCGCCUCGAUGAUUACAGCGCAGAUCGAGGGCCUUCGGCAAGGGGCAGAAAAGAGUAAAAUGCCAGACCUGCUCCUCCAGGCAGCAGAGGAGGCGGAACAACGAUGCCUAGCAUUCUUGGAGAAGAAGGCUGGUCAGAGUGCCAGUAGUCUGGAUGUCAGUAUGAUGGAUGAGAUGGGCCUGAAUCGGACCCCGGCUUUUAUGGGCGACUGGGAGUUUAUUAUGUCGGAAGCCUUCUUCAAUCUGGGUAAUGGGGAACCCAUCAGUUGGGUUCUGAACGACGAAAACCGACCAUUUAUGAUGUGA